UAUCUAUAUCGUCACAUUUCUGUUGCAAAAUCUAAAUACCUCUAAUUUGGUUUUACAAUGAAAUUUAUAAGAUAUAUUUCUAAAAUAAUUUUAAAUUGCAAUUUUAAUGUUAUAAUUUAACACUAUGUCAAUAAGUAAUUUGUAAAGUAUAUAAAUAAAGGAAAAAAUUCAAUGUACAGACAUUUUUUCUAAUAGUUUGCAUUACUUUACCUUGACAAAUAAUUUAAUCUGUUCGCAAUUAUCACUAUUUAUUCGUAACGUGAAUACGCGCUUAUGUGCGCUCUGAUGAUAAUGGUUAGGAAAAUUGAGUACAUAUAUGGCGUUAAUGAUGCAAAUAGGUUAAAGUAAAAAAGUUACAUUACAUGAAACAUCUAUCGUGUUUUAAACCCAUGAUUUCUAUACUCUGUUGAUAACAUUACGGAUGGUACUGCAAUGGUAAAAGAGCAUUAAUAUUUCAGAAAAUCGGAACUCACAAAUACAUUUAAUAUCAAAUUUAUUAUUAUAUCUUAUCUGUGGUAUUACUAUACUUCAAGUUUGACGUUGAUAAUGUAUGUGUAAACGUCAUCAGGUGUACUAAAUAUAUAAAUAACUUAUAAAUACUAAACAGUGACAUAAUAAUUCUAUGUAAACUAACAUAAACACGUUUAACAAUAAUUUUAAAAAAUGGUAGGCAUUUUAAACGAGUCUGACAGCGAAGAUGAAUUACCUCCUGGUUGGGAGGAGAUGACAACUGCUGAUGGAAAUGUCUAUUACGUAAAUCAUUACACGAAAGGCACACAAUGGACACAUCCUAGAACUGGUCGUCAAAAAAUCGUUGAAGGAGAAUUACCAACUGGAUGGGAGAAACGUGUAGCAGAUGAUGGUAAAGUUUUAUUCAUUGAUCACGUGAGUCAAAUAACAACGUAUACUGAUCCACGAUUAGCAUUUGCUAUGGAAUAUAGAGGGGUAUCACAACCUGUACGACAGCGUUUUGAUGGCAGAAGCAAUGCGUUAGCUGUUUUAUAUGGGCGAGAUUUAAGGGAUAAGGUCGCCAUUGUUACAGGUGCAAAUACAGGCAUAGGAUUUGAAACUGCUAGAUCAUUAGCUUUACAUGGUUGUAAAGUGAUUCUAGCUUGCAGGGAUAUAAAAAAAGGUGAAGAAGCAAUACAGAAAAUUCAAAAAGAAAGGGAGAAUGUUAAUUGUGAAACAUUAGAAUUAGACCUAUCUUCAUUACAUAGUGUUAAAGAAGCAGCUGAGAAAUUUAAACAGAAGUACAGGUCUCUUCACAUAUUGAUAUUAAAUGCUGGGGUUUUUGCAAUUCCCUAUGAACUUACCAAAGAUGGUUAUGAAACAACAUUUCAAGUAAAUCAUCUUUCUCACUUUUAUUUUACCCUUCUGUUGGAACAUCCGAUUCAAAAUUGCCCUAAUUCUAGGGUAGUGGUGGUAUCAAGUGAAUCUCACAGGUUCUCUUCACUUCAGACAGUAGAAGACUUUCAUCAACUGACUCUUUCUCCUCCUGCAUAUAAAUAUUGGUUUAUGGGAGCAUACAACAAUUCUAAAUUAUGUAAUAUUUUGUUUGCACAAGAAUUAGCAAAGCGAUGGCCUUCUGUUGGUGUAUUUAGUUGCCACCCUGGUAAUAUGGUUUCAUCUUCAUUGCCUCGCUAUUCUUGGAUGCUGCGAUUUGUAUUUAUGUUAGUGAGACCAUUCACAAAAUCGCUGCAACAAGCAGCUAGUACAUCAAUUUUUUGUGCAACUGCUCCGGAAUUAGAAGGAGUAACGGGAGUUUAUUUUAAUAACUGUUUUCGUUGUGAUCCCUCUACUCCUGCACUAGAUUCUGCACUUGCGACAAGAUUAUGGUCUGUUAGUCAAGACAUGAUUGUAAAUAUCAUGAAAAAGGACAAACUGUGGGAAACAUUAGCAUUAAAAUGAAAUGUGCUAUUGUAUAAAGAUUGAAUGAUUAUAUUUAAACCAAAAAAUACU